UAAGCAUGUACAGGCCCACGAUACUACUCCCGAGGUCGUUUAGACGACAACGGCUGGGUCUCCGCAAGAUACCCUGCCAGCCUACCUAGGUAGCCAGCCUACAUAUGUACAUACCUACACACGAUAAUACCCACGCGGCUUCACCAGCAGCAAAGCAGCAUGCGGACAAUAGGUACGUGCAUGGGGUGCGUACCUCGCCCUCGGGUCGCUAUAAAGAGGGCGGUGGCUGCUCCCCCUGCUUGCUCGAGUAAGUCGAGUCAAGUCAGUCACUCUCGGGCUAAGACAGAGAGAGGGAAAUAAAAGCCGGGCUAGUAUCAGAAAAAAAGCAAUAGUUGCCAUCUCGCUUUUUCCAAAACCCUCCUCCCCUCCCUAUUCUCGCUUACUACCAAACGUACGACGGGCCCUAUUAUCUUCCUCACGCGCGCGAAGUUCCUGGGGAUACACAGCAUAGACAGUUACUACGACCCUCUCCUAGGUAUAUCGCGUCUAUAAGAGGACGCCUAUCCUCACCGUUCCCCUACUCUCGCGACUUUUUCCCUCUACCAUUCUCCGCCCUCCAUCCCUCGCGCUCUACCAUCCAAGAGGAAGAAAAAUAAAACACACCACAUAGCCGUAUCGGGGGGGGAAUCGCUCCGGGGCCUAGACCAGCCGAGGCAGCAAUAGCACAGGCGUGAGGCGAGCCUCGUGAGUUCCUUCUGGGAGAAUCGAGGGAGAGAGAGAGGGGACGACAAGAUGGUCCGCAUCUCGCUGGCGGCGGCGGUGCUCGGGACGGCGGCGACGGCCGCCGCGGAGCUGUUCAUGAACCUGACGUCGAUAACGGGCCGGGACCAGGUCUCGGUGUUCGAGUGCUGGCAGCUGGACACGCCGUUCGCGUCCGCGGGCACGCCCGGCAUCCAGGGCUCCCAGGUCCUCGACCUGGGCGCCGUCGACAACGCCACCUACACCGUCGUGCCGCCGCGCUUCGGCGGCUCGUUUCACAACGCGCCCUACAAACAAUUCGUCUGGUUCAUCAGCGGCGUCACGCACGUGACCGUGCCCGACAGCACCGACGAGGUGAUCUUGUACGGCGGGCGAUACGGCCUCAUCUUCGCAGACGACACCGCGGACAUCUCGGAGCGGGGCCACCUGACGACGUUCUCGAGCAGCGACGCGGUGGUCGCCUUCUCAGUGCCGGUCAAGGAUGGCGUCACCCCGCCGCACACCGUCCUGCACGACGGGCCGUGCACGCUUGAGGAGUCGCUGGGGAUCUAAAGCG